AUGGGUGAGAUCAAGAAGAGAGCAGCAGAAAACAGGCGAAAGGAGUUGGAGGGCACUUUGGAUUUCUUCCUGGCACACGUGAAACAGCAUGCUUCCGUGAUGCCUGUGUUUCCUGUUAACAUGCCUGAUGCGCCACGUAACGGAAAAUCUGCAGUGGCACAAGACCUGGCUGCAAGUUCACGGCAAGCUACUCAAGCAAUGAUGUUUGUGGUUGUGGAGAAUAGGAACAAUGAGGGACGCUUUGCUACAGCUGCUGGUCAAGCAGAUAAAGGGAAUCUUCCGAUCGUUGAUGAAGGCACAUCAACUGGACUGAUUGCCACUGCAGCUGCUGCAUUUGGAGAAGCACAUGUUGAUAGUGAGCCAGAGGACAAACCAAUGGUGGUGGUUGACCGCAAGGGGAAGGCAAAAGCAACUGAUGACAUAGCUCCUAGGGCCACUCGUCAGAAAACCAUGCACGAGAUGCUCGCUACUUCAUCUCCAUGCAACCUCACUGGGCCUGAUAUACCAAGUGGAUUAGUUGACACGUCUAUGUACUAUGUGAUGACUGAAGAUCAUGUGAUGCAACCGCUUAUUGAAGAAGCUGGUGCUGCCGGCGAGGGUUCGCAUGCCAAAUACAUUGCUAAGUACACUCCGAUCGGCAACAAAAGGCUUACUCUCCCUGGGGUUGAGGGAAGCCCUGAUCCGACUCCUAAUCCACUUGCUGUAGUUCAUCCAGAUGCAUACCUGAGUCCAGAACUAGACUACGGUUACUCGCCUUUCGAGCUUGAGCUAAAUCAGUUUCAGUACCCUGAUCAUGUUUGCCUUGGGUUCUACGACAAUGUGGAGUAUCUCUGUUGCAUUACUUCUCUUGGAUGUGUUUGGUAUGAAAGCUCACACCCCACACCUUUGAAACUUGAUGGCAACAAGAUAAAGUACCAGUUCAGUCUCAAAGGGGAGAUGCACUACAAUGGGAUGGAGGCUUGGGUACGUGGAUUCAAUGAGAGAGAGAUUAAGAUGAUGGAGAUGGUUGGAUUACCAGUUUGGAGGGGUUUUGUAUCUCCUGAUGUGCCGUUGCACUUUGAGAACAUCUUGGACCUGGAGGGGGCUGCUGUGCUGCGGAUGUUGCUUUCUUCUAGGAGCAUUGGAUAUCAGUUGAGACUUUGUCGCCUGAUAAUGAUGCCUAUCUCAAUGAUGAGAGGCUGGUGCUUGUAUGUGUUUGACAUGCAUCUGAAGAAACUGAACGUCCUCGACCCAGUUUUCACGUAGAUGGGUUCCGAUGCGUAUAGAGCUAAGCACAAGAAGACAAUCAUGUUGAUGCUUAAUGGUAUGAAGCGCGCAGGUGCGCUGUUAGACGAUGGAUGGAAGAUGACCGUGAGGUGCAACAUGAACAUGCAUGUUGCAUGUGGCAGUGGUGAGUCUCCUGGCUACAUAGCUUACUACGCAGAGAACUUCAACGGCACUCGCCUGGAGGUCGACGUACCGCAUGUUGGUCUGGUGGUUAGAAGGAAGAGGAUGUUGUACGAGACGAUGGCGGCAAAGGAAAACGCUGCACCACGCCCAGGAAUCAUGGAGCAGGUGGCUGAUCCAGAGUAGAUUACAACGCCUUGGUGGUGUACUCGUAGUUCUCUAGGUUGUUGACGUAGUUCGCAAAGCGUAUUAUGGCAUUAUUUUGCGGUGACGUGGCCAGCGCUCGUGCAUGUCUUUUGGUUAGGGCGUAACAGUAAAAAUUAAGAUUAAAGAUUAUGAAUGCUAUGCUUUGUGUGA